AUACAAGGCGCUUGCUUGCUGAGGUGCAAACGGAUCGGGUUGGCGACAAUGAAGACGGAUUUCAAGUUCUCCAACCUACUGGGUACGGUCUAUCGCAAAGGUAAUCUGCUCUUCACCCCCGAUGGCACCUGCUUGCUCUCCCCAGUGGGCAAUCAGGUCUCGGUUUUCGACCUAGUCCACAACACCUCCUAUACCCUUCCCUUUUCGCAUCGCACCAAUAUCGACCGCCUUGCUCUUUCUCCCCGAGGAAACCUCCUUUUGACCAUUGACGAGAAUGGCCACGCGAUCUUGACGAACUUCCUCCGCCGAAUUGUCAUUCACCACUUCUCCUUCAAAGGCCGUGUCUCCGCACUCGAGUUCUCCCCGUCUGGUCGUCACUUCGCUGUCGGAGUAGGAAGACGCUUGCAGUUCUGGCAUACCCCGACAACCCCUGGGACCGACAACAAUGGCGAGCUUGAGUUUGCUCCCUUUGCCCUGCACCGUGACCUUGCUGGGCAUUUCGACGUGAUCCAGCACAUUGAGUGGUCGAGCGACUCGCGCUUCCUGAUUACGGCUUCGAGGGACUUGACGGCUCGGGUAUGGAGUUUGGAUCCAGAGGAGGGCUUCGAGCCUACCACAUUGGCCGGUCAUCGUCAGGGCGUGAAGGCGGCAUACUUCUCUGCUGAUCAGGAAUCGAUCUACACCGUCAGCUCGGACGGAGCCCUUUUCAGAUGGGAAUACGUGAGCAAGAAGGACCCAGAGACCAUGGAGGACAUCGCGGAGGCUCGGUGGAGGAUUGUGAAGAAAGACUUCUUCAUGCAGAACGACGCCAAAGUUAACUGCGCCGCGUUCCACGCGUCCACUAACUUGCUGGUCGUCGGUUUCUCCAACGGGUUAUUUGGGCUUUAUGACUUGCCGGAGUUCAACAUGAUUCAUCAGCUGAGUGUCUCCCAGAGCAACAUUGAUUGUGUCACGAUAAACAAGUCGGGCGAGUGGCUGGCAUUUGGUUCCUCCCAGCAUGGACAACUGCUGGUGUGGGAGUGGCAGUCGGAGUCCUACAUUCUGAAACAGCAGGGACACCUGGAUUCUAUGAAUGCGCUGGCCUACUCCCCCGAUGGCCAGAGGAUCGUUACUGCGGCAGAUGAUGGAAAGAUCAAGGUCUGGGACGUCAAGUCUGGCUUCUGUAUUGUGACAUUUACAGAACACACGAGCGGAGUCACGGCGUGUGAGUUCGCCAAGAAAGGAAAUGUCCUGUUCACCGCGUCCUUGGAUGGCUCCGUGAGGGCAUGGGAUCUCAUCCGUUACCGAAAUUUCCGCACAUUCACCGCCCCGUCCCGGUUGUCUUUCUCAUCCCUUGCUGUCGACCCCAGUGGUGAGGUGAUCUGCGCCGGCUCUCCGGACUCAUUCGAUAUCCAUAUCUGGUCGGUACAAACCGGUCAGCUGCUCGACCAGUUGUCUGGUCAUGAAGGCCCCAUUGCUACGAUGGCGUUUGCUGCCGAUGGCAGCCAUCUAGUGACCGGCAGCUGGGAUCGCACUAUUCGCGUAUGGAGCAUUUUCGGGCGGACACAAACGAGCGAGCCUCUUCAGCUCCAGUCUGAUGUAUUGAGCGUAGCUUUCCGACCUGAUGGAAAGCAGGUCGCUGCGUCGACCCUGGACGGACAGCUGAGCUUCUGGUCGGUCGAAAAUGCCGUACAAGUUGGUGGAGUUGAUGGUCGCCGUGAUGUGUCCGGCGGACGCAAGAUCACUGAUCGUCAAACUGCUGCGAAUGCGGCUGGGACCAAGUCUUUCCGGUGCAUCAGAUACAGCUCCGACGGCAGUUGUAUUUUGGCUGCUGGAAACAGCAAAUACAUUUGUCUGUACGACGUGGCGACGGGCUCCAUGGUGAAGAAGUAUACCGUGUCUGUCAACACAUCGCUGGAUGGAACUCAGGAGAUACUCAACAGCCGUGACAUGACGGAAGCGGGCCCGCGAGGCCUCAUUGAUGAAACAGGCGAAGCCUCUGACCACGAGACACGCGUCGACCGCAACCUCCCUGGUGCCAAGCGUGGCGAUCCUAGCGUUCGCACAACUCGGCCAGAGGUCCGGGUCACGUCCGUCGACUUCUCGCCAACGGGACGUGCGUUCUGCGCGGCUUCCACGGAGGGUCUCCUAGUCUAUAGCCUAGAUACGGACAUGGUUUUUGAUCCCUAUGAUCUCGACAUCUCGAUCACCCCGUCCAGCAUUGUGGCCACCUUGGAGGGAGCCAAGCGCGCAGCUGCCACAGGCGAAGUGAACGAUGAUGAAACUUUCUUGAAAGCAUUUAUCAUGGCGUUCCGCCUGAACGAGCAAAAGCUGAUCCGAACGGUCCAUGAGGCCAUCCCCCCUGGCGACAUCUCCCAUGUCGUCCGUUCAGUGCCGACUGUCUACCUUCCUCGUCUCCUUCGCUUCGUGGCCCAUGCCGCUGAGGAAACACCACAUCUCGAGUUCAACCUGCUGUGGAUUGAGGCGCUUUUCAGCAACCACGGUCGGUACUUUAAGGACAAUGCAGGCACCUUUGCCCCUGAACUUCGUGCGGUCCAGCGUGCCGUUGACGAGAUCAACAACAGCUUGAAGAGGCUCGCUGAGAAGAACAUCCACAACCUCAACUACCUCCUGUCAAGACCAGUUCUUGCCGAACAGAAGAAGCCUGAUCUGGCCCUGAAGGCCAUGGGUGUGGCAGUAGAGACCAAGGCGGGGGACGAGCAAAUGUCAGAUGCUGACGCAGAGGGGGAAGGCGAAUGGGUCGGCCUUGAAUGAUUGUAUGCUAUGUUUUGUAUCUAUACUCCUGUUCUGUUCUCUCCCAACCGUCUUUCUACUUUGCAUUUGCGCCUGGCGUUGAUCUGUGGUAUACCUGGAGAUAAAGGAGACGGUAAAAGUUGGGAGUCUUGCUGUGUUUAUCGGUUAUGUCCAUAUAUUCACUGAAUAAUCCCGAUAAAAAUUCUUCAUAUAAGUG